AUGGAAAUCGCAAAACGGCUGAAUGCUAUCUUAGUGCAAGUUAUUCCAUUUCUAUCUCAAGAGGUUGCUGCAGCUGUGGACCGCGCAAAGCAAGUUACUUUAUCGGAACUUAGUAGCAUCAUAGGGCCACAAAUGGAUGAUUCUAAAGGCCCAAAGUUCCUAAAUGGUACUCUAGGCUCCCCGUUUGACCAAAUGGACUUUUUUAAGACUAUGCAACAGCAACAAUUACUGAUGAAUUCUGGAUCUGGAGGACUAAAUAGUGGGUUCCCACACAGUCUCAUUCCACCGUCGUUAGGGCAAUUACCAUCCGAUAAUUCCGUUCUACCCAUAAGCGGCUCCAGGGGAGGAGCUCAAUCCACUCCAUCAUUAACUAGCCUAAGCGGGCUUAAUGCACCUCCGUGCACUGGAAUUAACAGUUUGAAUAGUGGACUCCCAGCUCUAAAUAGCAAUGCUGCUAAUAACUUGCUUUUGCCUCCCAAUCCAUUUCUACCACAAAUGACCAGUUCAGUUACACCCCCAACUACAAAUACUAAUCCUGUUGGGAAUCCUAGCAUUUCUGGUGUUCAGUCAUCCCUUUCUGGUAUCCCAGGUCCUAAUAAUCCGGCUUUCUUUUCUGGUCUUGCCCAAUCUCACCCGGCAGUUGCAGCAGCAAUGGCUGCAGUAGCUGCUGCAGGCUUCCCUCCUGGUAAUGCAAAUGCUACUAUGAGUCAGUUAUCUAGUGGCUUACUUAACAACAAUAGUCACCCUUAUUCUCAAAUUCCUGCUCAUAUUAAUAAUAUACCAACUUCGUUUCCUCCUGGAACUAGCAAUAAUCUAACGGGUGCUUCAUUGCCAUCAUCUAUAUCCUCUAAUGCAUCUUUGGCGACCUCAUCUUAUCAUGGUCCUUCUGCUUCUGGGGCGCAUACGCCGUUCUCACCCACCUCUACAUCUCUCUCUAACCCGAAUGCUCCAAGACCAUUAAUGUUCCCAAUGGAUGGAGUGACUGGUCAACCACCAUUUCCCCCAAUGAUAUCUCCAGCUGCAUUAUCUGCCAUUAUUAGUGACAAAAAUUUAGAUGAAAAACAAAGAACAGCAGCUGCUGCGGCAAUGGCUGCAGCGAUGGCCGCUGCUGCCGCCGCUUCACAAGGUGGCCCACCAGGAGCUUUUGGUCUACCGUUAAACUUCGGGUCUAAUAGUCUAUCAGGGUCUUCGCCAAUGGAUGCGCAUAAUUUAAUGGCUACAAUGGCUAGUUUUGCUGCUGCCCAGUCUGUUGCAGCAGUAGGCAUGAAUCCAGAUAUACAUGAUGGACUUAAUUCAAACCUUCCUUUAUCGUCUGGACUUUUCGGUGGUUUACAUCCAGAUAUAUCUGGUUUUGGUUCAAAUAAUCUAUUACCUCCAUCAUCAUCGUCUAUAUCAUCAACAUUUCCUAACCCAGCUUCUGUUUUACCACCAUCAAAAAGUUCAACACCUGUACCCAAUAUUAAUUCUUGUCCAAGUCGCCAACGUGCAAAUUCUCGAUCUCCAGGUUUGCUUGAUGUACAUUCAAAUGCACCGCCAGAUGAGAAACGUCGUAAAACUGAAAGACCCACCUCCGGAGACAAAUGUAACGCGGUUGGUAAUAGUUCUUUGGAAGAAAACGGAUUGGUUCGUGUUAAAAGCUCAAAUUCUUCCGGUCGACGUACUCCAUCAACAAAGCAUAAUGGUAAUAAUAGUAGUAGUAAUGGUGGACCGAAUUCUUCUGUUUACAAAAAUCAUUCUUCUGGUAACGGCAUAACUCUAUCACAUCCUGAGAGUAGUAAUCACAAUCAUAACACCACCACGAAUAACAACACACAACGAGAUCAUUCACUUGAAUUAGAUCAUAAAGAAUUUGAUGAAAAUCCACCUCCACUUUUGAGUGGUGGUUCUGGUAGUGGUACACCAAGUUGUACUACAUCACCACAAAAUCAACAAUCGCAUACAACUUGCACUGAUCCCCCACCGCCUCCUGCUCCUCCUUUGACUGGGACAUUUCAUAAUAAACAACAUACUACUACAUCCAAUGUUAAAUCAUCGUUAUCACCUGUAGUUGCUAGCACUACAAACGUAUCGAAUUCAUGCAGAAUAGGUUCAAUUUCAUCUUUGGCAGGAGGUGAAUUAUCAGUACCUAGUCCUUUAUCUUCAAUGGGUGCUGGUGGUGGUGUCAAUCUACCUGGUGUUGGUGCUGUUUCUCUUUCUCCGCCACAUCUUACUUCUGACGCAUUGACACCAAAUCCUGAUGGGCAUUCAGUUUCAUCUACACAACAAAAUCCUCCUUCAGUACCACUAUCAACAACAACAUCGUCGUCAUCGACAAUGAUGUUUGAUACAAAUUUUGGUAGUUCUGGAAUGAGUGGAAUUUCGAAUAUUGGUAGACCACCAUAUUCAUUUCUUCGUUUGGAUAACCAAUCACCAACUCCUGUACCAUUCACUCCAGAUGCUUUCUUUGGUCCAGGUAUUCCGCAUCAAGCAAAAGCGAUACAUUGUUUGGAUCACGGAGAAGUUGUCUGUGCUGUUACAAUUAACAAUGCUACACAUCAGAUUUAUACUGGAGGUAAAGGCACUGUUAAACUAUGGGAUUUAAAUUCAACCACAUCUAAUCAAUCUCCGAAUUGCGGUGGAAGUUCAGGUCAACCAAUCAUCACUAAUAAAACGUGUAUAACAAGUCUCGAGUGUUUACAAAGAGAUAAAUACAUACGAUCGAUUAAAUUAACUCAAGAUGGAAGAACAUUAGUUGUAGGUGGCGAAUCUAGUAUAUUAAGUAUAUGGGAUUUGGGUCAAGCUAGUCCUCAUCCAAAAAGUGAACUUACAUUUACAGCUCCAGCAUGUUAUGCUUUGGCUGUAUCGCCUGAUAGUAAAUUAUGCUUCAGGUAAUUAUAAUGUACUAUUAUUUAUGAUCAUUAUGUAUUUGCAAAAUUUCUCUUUUGAUUGGUUUUUGUAAGGUUGGUAAAUGUUUGUGUCAUAAUCUUAUCUAGUAAUUAAUUUAAUAAUCUUAGUAUUUGAUUUAUUUAUUGAUCACUUUUUCUUGGUUGUGCACACCUUUAAAGUUCAUAAUUAAUAAACAUGAUCUGAUACGCUUAAAAGUUUAUAGCGUAUGAGAAGAUACACACCUUACAUAUUCUCUGAAAUAGUUAAGUAUGUUUUUGAUUAGUGAACAAUGAUAAAUUGUCUGAUAUGGAUUCCUUUUUUUUGUCUCGUCAUUAAAACUGUACACAAUGAUCAGUUCACUAGUCAUUUGAAAGUUUUAUUAAGUUGAUUAAUAGUCUUAUAUACUAUUUUGAUUUUUUUUUUGAGGCUUCUUGUUUUUUAAAUAAUCUAAAGUAAUAUUAGAAUAUUCAUUACAUUAAGAAACGGACGAAUAUUUUGAGAAAAAUCACAUUUUUUUAUGUAUAUAAAAAUAAAUACAUAUUGUGUAUUUAUUAUGCAAUGUUUAGAUGCUAAUAAUUUGCACAUUUCUUAUAUUGUUUACAAAGUUUAUGUCUAACUAAAACAAUUUAUUGCUAGUUUGUCAUACACUAUAAUAAUUCUUUAAUAAUAUAUUGUUUACUUGUAUUGAUACUAUUUUCAAAAUAUUUAUUUAGUACUAGAAAUCUGUUUAGAUAAAACUUAAAAAAGUGGUUGUAUACACUAGAUACUAGUAUAUUUAUAAAAACUUCCGUUUAAAUUUGAAUGAAUAGUUUCAAUGUAGUUAUUAAUUACUAGUAGAUAUUAAUUAUUAAUUAAAUGUUAGUAUGUUGUAAGUAGUAUAUUUAUAGAGUACUACCUACUUUAUUGUUUAAUUCACCUUCAUUUAUACAACAUUCUGUAUUCUAGAUUUACAAGCUGAUAAUGUGUGCAAGUUGACAAUUUUUCCCUCUACAGAAUAUUAUGUUAUAACUGUUCAAAUUCUGUAAAAUACAUUGAUCAUAUUUUGCUAUUAGUUGCAUCUGUAUUUAAAAUAAAAUAAAGAUUGACUGCAUCUACAUCAUUGUGGUUAAUUCUGAACCAGUUCAUUCGAAAUUUCCAAUCAUUAACCAGGGUUCUCGCGUUCAUCCCGACCAAGUGGUACGGAUUCAUCAACAUGGUUCAGAACAACAGUCAUUGAUUUCAUUGACUUAUGACAUAUUUUACUUUGGUUGCUUUCUUUCAAUCUGCCUAUACCACCAGCUAACAUCACCUAUCGAGUUAGGCAGUGGUUAGACAUAAGUAAUACACGAUCUACCACAUCAAUCGAUAAGAAUUCGGAUUAUCAUCAACCGACAUUCUAUCUUUACCUAGCACCCUUUACCUAACUUCAAAUUUACUCGACCGUUGCACGAUAUGCGACAAUACUUUGAAGAUAUCUGUUGUCAAAUACUUUAAGCCUACUCUUGUCUCUUACUUCCAAAGACCGUGUUUCAUAGCCGUAGAGUAGUACAGAGAGGAGAAUUUCGAUGCAUAGGAAAUAGUCUAUGUAUGUUUUAGGAUUCCUAUACAGUUUUCUUAUAAAUCAUCGGCUUUGAAUAUAGUUUUUCUAAUAAUAGGGAUUUUUAAUUGUGAUUGAUUACUGUACUUGUGACAAAUAAUUACAAAACCAUUAUUCUCUUGUUCUGUCAAAUUAUUUUACUAUCUUACGGCAAUUUCUAUUUCUUGAUUACACCAUACUUUCAUUCUUUAUCGUUCUAGCUGCUGUUCAAAUGGAAAUAUU